AUGUCCCCUCUCCUCCGUCUCCCCAAAGAACUGCGCUACGAGAUCUACGACCAUCUCUGCCGGCAGGAAUCCAAGCAGAAUCGGACUGCGCACGCACAAGAGCGACUAAUCACCUACAUCGACCAAAUGGCACCAACCGAGCUAUCUAUAACAUGUCGUUUCCUCUGCGACGAGAUCCGCGCCUACUUCUAUUCAAAAGCCACCUUGGGCUUUUACCCACUUACCAGCUCGUCCAUUUUCGAUAGCCCAAUCGAACCAAUCGCCCUCCGCGCCAUUCAGAACGCACGCAAAAUUUGCAUAUGCGUAUUCUGGAAUGCCGAAAAAGAUGGGGAUGUGACUGAUAAGCACACACUGCCAUAUAGCAUGAACGGGUGGCUUGCGGAUCUAGUCGACUUGCUCCUGAGAGAGGCGAAGAUGUUGGAAUUCAUCACGCUACGUGUAUACAACGACAUGCCGCUUGCCGUGGGUUGGGAGCUGAAGGAGUGGAUGUUGAAACCGUUGGAGAGGACGGCUGGGAAGUUCAGGUGGGGGUUGUAUCUUGUUUGGGCUAGGGAGAAAGAGGAGGUUGAGUUGAGGGAACGGCUUACUGUGUUCUUGAAAGAGCUUAAUUGGGGUGUGGCGCCGGUUGUGGAGCAGAAGCCAGCGCUGGAUCUCGAGAUGGAUAGUUGCUGCGUGUCGUGA